AGAAAUCUAAUUCUCCCUGACACAUCUGACCACCCCCCGCGCAGUGAAAUACCCUCCUACCUCUCCCUUCUUUCUUACUUUCUUCCUUUCCGUUUCCUUUAAGCUGCUUUCGUGUUUUGCAAAAGAAGAAGAAACAUCAAAAAAAGACAACAACAAUAGCCAGCUUUUCACGUGAAGCAGAUCGUCCACCGUCACAACAACAAGGAAGGAUAUCACCUGUUGUCCUUCGAAGCUGGCUUUCACGACUCACAACUCCCUUUUUUUACUGUUUGUUUUGCUCCUUCUUUGUUCCUUCACCACAGACACACACAAAAACAACAACAACAAAAACGACCGUAAAGGAAAGAGAAAGAAGAAGAACGAAGGUACUUCACCUUGACUCAGUUACGCUACUUUUCUAUUUUUCUUUUUAUUGUAAUUUCUCGUGUUCUUCCUCUGUUAUUAUUUUUCUAUUCACUGUCGUGAUUUCUCCUCUCUCUCUCCUCUUCCUUUUUCCUUUUUUAAUUCUGUGUGUGCUUUGGCCCUUUUCUUUUUCUUCAUGUGCAUUGAAAGGCCUUAGUACGUUUAGUCCUGGUUUCUUUCGCCAUCUUUUUUUUCUUCGCUUUCUCCUUCACCACCUGUGCUUAUUUUUGAUAUAUAUAUAUAUAAACGCCUGUUUUCUUUUUCUUCCCAACAUUAGGUUGUGGUUUUUCCCUUUCGUCUGUCUCGUCUUGCGGUGUAAUUCCCUCUCCUCCUGAUUUCGUGUGUUUGUGUUUGUGUUUGAGCCUGUGUGUUUGUGCAUGCCGGUGUAACGCCCUCGCUCUUACCUGUCCUUUUCUUGAAACGAAAAGCACAACCAACAAACAAACAAUCAGGGAAAAAGGAAAUCGAUGAUGUCCAACUACUCGUACAUGCACGCUCCCGCCAUCCGCAACACUUCACUGGUGGCGUGCUAUGGCACUGGGUCGCCGACACCAAACAACAUCGUCUCCGGCGGUCCCAUCAACUCCUCCUCCGAAAAGCCACUGAGCGAGUCGGGCGCCACGUCGUGCCCGCGCGUCUCCGGCGACGUCGGCGAGUUCUGGGGAUGGCUGGACGAACCCCGAAACUUCGAGUGGGCCGUCGCCACCUUCCCGGUGGAAAACGGCUUUAGCGACCGGAACAUUUUCGUCUCGAAGCUGCCGCCAUCCUUCAAAGACGGCGACCUGCUCUCCAUGUUCGCCAACUUUGGCGAGGUCGUCUCGGCCAAGGUGAUGCUGAACGUCAGCACUGGCGCGUCGAAGGAGACCGGCUUCGUCCAGUUCGCGGCGGCAGAGGACGCGCUGCGUGCGCGGUGCUUUCUGCGCCUGCGCCCUGCCGUGACGGAGCCGGCGAUGCCGGAGGUGAACACCCAAUGGGCGCAAAACAAACACGACGGCGGCGUAUACGGCGACCGUUCGCGGCUGGCACGGAAGCUGUUCAUUCGCAACAUCCCCAUCAACGUCACGAACGAUGAGAUGCGGGCGUUGGUGACCCAAUUUGGGGAUGUGGCGGAGGUCACGCUGCACGCCGACACCUACGGCCCUGCCGCGGCUGCUGCACGGGGCGGCGGCGAAGAGCGGGCCGAGGAUGCGGAGGCGGGGGGGGCGAGUGGCGGCGCCGCUGCGGGCGAAGUCGUCACCCCCCCGCCGCCGCCGACGACGAAGCGCGCGACGCGCAUUUGCUUUGUGACGUUCAUCCACCCCGGCGUGGCGGCGCGUGCCUGCGCUGCGAUCCACAACACCCGACCCUUCCAAAGCUGCGGGGACGUUCCGCUGAUGGGGAAGGUGGCGGAGGACAACAACGCUCGACAGGCCCGCCAUCAGCAGGGGGCGAUGCACCACGCCGGUGUUCGUGUUGCGGCUGCGGCGGCAGCAGCAACGACGUACGGCUCGCACCCACCCACGUACAACGGGCAGAAAGGGAGCGGCCGUGUCUCGCCGACGGCGAAUGCGGAAUGGCUGCCGUACCCCCCACAGAACAACAACGCGACGCCGAUGACAAUGAUGCUGCAGCAGCCGUAUCAGCAGCCGCCGUCGGGCUACUUGCUGAAUCCCUCCUCCGCUUCCGUGUCUGCGCCAUUCUACGACGCGUCGCAGAAUCAGUACAACAGCAGGCACUGCUGCCCCAACGCGUUUCCGUCCUCGUUGCCCACCGCGGCGCGCCACCACCCGAGCAGCGCCGCGGUGGCCGUCAACGGCGGCAUGGUUCGUCUCACUUUCCCGCCGCAGAACCCGCACGCAAACGUGUGCUCGCUGGACUCCGCCGCUCUCGCCGCCGCCAGCGGCACCCCUCGCGCGCUCUCCACCACCGCCUCUCCGUCGAUGAACCUGCCCGUAACGCUGAACAAUCAACAGGCGGAGGCGACAGAGGCGUGCCAGGCGACACGUCUGGCGCAUACGCUGAGCUCCACCACGUCCAGCAUGAAGACUCGUAUCCCCGCCACGACCACCUCGGCGCCCACCUCGGCUCGCCGUGCGUCUCGUGAGGCGCUGGGCCACUCUCCACGGAACAGCUUUGGGGCAGACGGCGCGCACAUGGACUCGUUCUCGUUUUCCACCUCAGCCAGCGCCAACUUCUCGGCGGAGCAGCUUUCCUCCAUGAGCAUCUCGACCCUCUCUCAGCAGCAGCAGCAGCUGAAGCGAGGGAAACGAGUCAGCGAUGCUUCGCAGAGCUGUGGCGUCAACUUUGUGACCGCCGACGCAGCUGUCGCAGCGAAGACGGUUGUUGUCACGAUCCCUGACGCGGCGACCACAACCCCACGGCGGUCCCGCACCCGCACGCUCUCAUCGCGUUCGUCGGACACCACCAACUCCCACGGCUCCAACACCCACGACGCGACACCAAAUGGACUUCGCGUGAACAUCAGCGACGCCGCUCGUCCGCGCCGCGUUGGGCGGAGAGUGCGGAUCCACAACAGCAAUGCUGCUGCUGCUGUGGAAACAACUGCGAUGCCGCCGCCGUCACUGUCGCCGCACAGUGCGCCACAGACAGCGCCGAACGUGAGUCUAGUGCCGGUGAUGACGGUUACCGCACUCUCACUCAACCGCGCCGCCUUGGAGGAGACGGCGGACUCCCCGCAUUCGUCUUCCGCCUACAUGACCAGCCACAGCACGCCGAGCGCCACCCCGUCCUGUACUUGCAACACGUCGCAGGUACGCUAUCGCAACAACCCCUACGGCAUGAGCAUCGUACUGGAGAAGACGCGGUCCGCUUCAUUUACAUAG